AUGAUUGGUCCGACUGGAAGUGGCAAGACAAGUUUCAUCAACAUCGCUGAGAAGCUGUUGACAGACAAGACUACCGCCAUUACGCAGAGUGAGGGAAAGGAAGGUACUCUCCAGCUGGAGGAAUACCUCCCUGAGUUCAACUUUCGGUUGAUCGACACAAGGGGAUACUUUCAUUUGGACAGGAAACAGUUUGAUGAGUUGAAGAAUAUUCUAACAGGAAAGAUCCGCCCAGGCCAGACAAUUGUACGUGACGACGAUGACGAGGAUCUCCUCCCAGAACAAAGCUGGCGAACCGAUGAAGCUCCACUUGGAGAACAGAUCCACGGUGUCAUCUGUGUAAUGGAGGACAGCGAUCCCAGGCUGAAGCAAUACACCACUAGGAUGAAAUCCAUCAAGGAGUACCUGAAGAACGAAGGUUACAGUCCAGUGAGUGCCUUGGCUUUCGAAAAGGAGGAAGAGUUCAAGAACAUAUAUAAAAGACGUCACACAGUGGAAUACUUGUCGUCUGCAAUAGGCAGUCCUAUUGACAGGACAUUCCCAUUCAUCAACCAUCUGGCAUCAGGGACAGACAUCUCGAUGGAUCCAGACUCAGCAUUAAACGUGCUGGACAUUCUAGACACAGCCGUGAUGGCAGCUGAGAAGUUCAUCAGGGUUCAACUGCAGCGUAAGAAAACAUCCAACGAACGCGAAGCGAGAAGUUCUGAGUUGCCGUCGGUCGUUGAAUUCAUCAAGAACAUUGGAAGGGCACACAACUGGGAACAAGUUCGCAUGGAUGCACUGGUCCGGAUGUUGCAUAGAAAGGACAUCUAUGAUGUUAGCGCACUUCGGAAGUACUGGGGGAGUAUCAGACGGGAACUGACACUAGGGCCGAGGUCUGCCAUAGAGCGUGCACUGUCGUUGUAGCCCAUCACAUACUAAGUCUUGACGCGUAGUAUUUCUGCCACUUCGUAGCAUGAAAUACAAUUGCAACCUUUGUCAAGUAUAUACUCAAUUUAUUAUGUAGACACAAUUGUAGGAUUGACUGUUUAAUAUCUGUAUUCAGUAUAGGAGACCCAGCUGUUAGAUUUCUCAGUCAUGUACUGCCUUCUCGCCUUACUUAACAAACUCAACCAGAGCCACUUAUAAUGUACUUAAGAGCUUUCUAAUGUAGUGGUGGUGACUGCUUUGAAUAUUAAUUUUAGGAACAACAAGUUGCCUCGUAGUGUGUUAGUUUACCAAUAGCAUGUUCCCGUUGUGUGACACAUUAUCAGUUUUCCACAUUAUCAGGUAUGUUUGCUUCAGAUGAACAAAUGAUAUCUUAUUAAUGUGUGUAAUAGAUGAUGCGAAUUCUUGUGUACAAUUCCUGAAAUUCUUGCAAGCUACAUAGCUGCAUAUAAUACUCUGGGGAUCGCUCCUGAGGCGUCGACAAAAAUGGCUAU